CUUUUGCCGCCAUUGACGAGAUAUCUCGUCAAUUAAGAGAAAACGCUUCCCCGCCAAUGACGAGAUUUUCCGUCUUUCCGCAAUACCGCUAUUAUCCACCAGGUGGCGCACUUCCGCAACUUAUACAACCCGGAAGUAGCGCCUCACGUGAAAGAGAAAGAACUCCGUGUUUGUUUUAAAGAUCGCUCUGCAUCUGAUCUCUAUCAAAAGUCCUUCCCAAAAAUUGAAUUAUCUCAGCUUUUUGCUCAAAAUUGGGUGUUUUUGAAGAAACCUACCCAUGUUUGAGAGGUGAUUACAAGAGAACUAAUGAAGGAAAAAGUGGCAGUUUUCUUCGCACUGUUUGCUCUACCGGUGUGAUAUUUCUAGCAUUGCAGUGUGGGAUGCAAAUCCCUUUCACAUAUAUUCCUAAAGAUGUGAGUGGACCAUGGGACAGUGUCUUCCUGCACCUUGGUAUUGUCAGGUUCAGUGAUGUGGAUGCACGUAACAUUAUACGUCUACUGAUGCCAGAUGUGAUUGUGUUUAUGUCUACGCUGUUCAUACUGCGGCUGUGUGCUGCCAAGCCUCCACGUCACCUGAAGACCAGCGACCACUGCCAACAGAGCUUUGAUACUGAGGGUUCAGAUGGAGAGAUUUCUGACUCAGAAUCUGAAGAGGAGAGCAGAACAUCAGAGACUUUAUCCUCUGAUGAGAAGUGUGAGCCCUCGCCCGUCUCUCCAGGUCUCCUGCAGAAGAUCAUUGUGUUUAUGACUGGUCUGAGACUUCUCCUCUCUUCGCUCAUGAACACUGCUGGGAAAGUGUUGGUGACUCUUCUCCUGGGAUUGGCAGGUAUCAUUUUGCCAUCACUGACGUCAGCGCUGUAUUUUGUGGUGUCUCUGGGCCUGGCGUGGUGUUGGGUGCUGGGCUACAGCAUCCCUCUGCUUUACUUCAGCUCUUUGUGUGUGAUGAUGGUCAUCUUCAGCGGAGGACACAUUAUUAUCCUUUACCUCUAUCAACUGCCUCUCAUCCAGCAGAGCGUUCCUCCUGAAGACGUCUUUGCAAGGUUGUUUGGUUUAACUGCGCUCAUCCAGACUAACCCGUCAGAUCCACACAAUCUCACACUACAUGAGGAUGGCGGCUGGCCUGCGAUAGUUAAUCCACUACUGCUCCUCAUUCUCUAUUUCUCACUCAUUGGUUUACUACACAAAUGGACUCAAUCUAUCUCAGAGCCUGUGGUCGUGAUGUGGAGGAACGCAUGGGAAGAUCAGGACAUUAACUCUUUGAUGUUAGAGGAACACGACUCGCAUCACUUAUCUUACGAUUAUAACGUGGAAAAGGAAAGCAGAGAAAAUAAUGAUUUUGAAUCUUCUGAUGGUCCUGAGUCCAGCGCCAUCAUUCUGCUCGGACACUUCAUCAUGAAACAGAGUUAUAUCAUCGCUCUCAUCAUCAUGAUGGUGUGGAGCAUCAGCUAUAACUCAUGGCUAACAUUAGUCUUAUUGGUGUGGUCGUGUGUGAUCUGGAUGCUGAAAAAUCGCCGGCGGUUUGCUAUGCUGAGCUCUCCGUUUCUUGCCGCCUAUGGCACAUUGCUGCUAGUUAUUGCAUUUAUCAGUGAACUUCAUCUUAACCACAAUCAAGUUUUCCCUACCUUACCAAAAGUUGUCCUGAUGGACUUUGAUGUGUAUGGUUAUCCAGUUCCCUGCGUGCACCUUGCCGCAAAGGGAUUUUAUACAUUUAGUUUCUUGAUGUUACUUCAUCAACGGUUGAAAGAGAAAAAUGAAGAGCAGCAGCAGAGUGAGGAGUGUUUAACAGAGCUCAAAAUUCAAGCAUUUAAUAAUAAUCAGUCCUCAGAUAUCAUGACUGUGUUGGGAGUCUUAAUAAAAGACACACUGGUGAAGUACUGGAUCUUCUGCUGUUGCUUCAUGUUUUUCCUUAUCAGUUUCUCGGACAAAGUAGCGGUCUACAAAAUCCUUUAUAUUUGCUUAUUCCUCUUCUGUGUGGUUUUAUAUGAGGUCCAUUAUGAGAUGUGGAGGAGGCUGUUGAAACAUUUCUGGGUUGUUGUGGUGGCAUACUCGAUGGUAGUGUUGAUCCUAAUCUACAUCUACCAGUUUAAAAGUGUCUCGGGCCUUUUCCAGCAGAUAUUAGGAGUAACAGAGGAAAGGUUGAAAGACUUUGGCCUUGAACAGUUCGACGUUGUUGAACUCUUUGCACGAAUCUUACUGCCAGCCUCAUUCCUUCUGGCCUGCAUCCUUCAACUGCAUUACUUCCACAAUGAUUUCCUCUCUCUAACUGAUCUGAAGACAGUACAGACGGCCAACAUGACAAGCAGAGAGGAUGAGCUAAGAGAAACACUGAAAAGCAUUUUUGAUGUGAUAAAUCAAAGCAUUGAGAAACUGAAGAAACGACUUAUGCAGGAGAAACUGAAUGGUGAAAGUGGUGAGGAUGUGAACAGUUUGUCCUCAUGCUUGGACUGGAAUCAUGCAAUGGAAUUAGAUGAUGAUGUCCCAGUGAAGCAGUGGUUGGUGGUGGUGGAACGGGUUCAUGAUUUCGUUUUGCGAGCUGUCCUGGGGUUGUGGAGUGCUCAGGGACUGUGCUGGAGAAUACUGGAGAUCCACAGCUUCAAACUGGUCUCUGCUGGUAUCAUGAUGGUCUGUGUGCAGGAGGUGUGUCUGAUGAACUUCUUGUUUUUGGUGUUGUGGGCGUUUGCUCUGCCAUUUCCGAGACUGCGGCCUUUGACAUUCAGCGUGUCUUCUGUUUGGGCAUGUGUGAUGGUGGUGUGUAAAAUGAUGUACCAGCUCAAAUUUAUUAAACCUUCUGAGUAUUCCUCAAACUGCACAGCUGGCCUGCAGCUCUCUAAUGUGAGUUGGGUUGGUGGUAACAUGGCCGAGCUCCUGAGACAUUCAGUUCUGUAUGUAGCACCAGUAGAUCCAGGAUUGUGGAUCGGUGGAUUGAAAAAGUGUGAGGAUCGCGUCCUGCCUUGUCUCUGGAAUCACCUGUUCAUUUUAGGUCUUCUUGUGUUCGAAGUUACUGUCCGUCGUCAUCAGUUACAUCAUCAUCUUCAGAAUGGCUUUAAAGCGACAUACAGUGGCAUUAUAUUUCAGGGCGUGACCCGCCAGCAUCUUGACCACAACAUUCUGUCCUGCCUCAAAUACUUCACAAACUUUUUCUUCUACAAGUUUGGUUUGGAGGUGUGUUUUGUAGUUGCGGUGUUUGUCAUCGGCCAGCGGAUGGAUGCGUGUGCCCUUCUGCAUUCAUUUGCAUUGAUUGCUGUUCUAGCACGUCGUCGCAGGAAGGCCAUAGGAGAAGUGUGGUUAAAAUACUGCUGCUUUAUCGCAGGUGUUAUUGUGAUGCAGUAUCUGCUGUGCAUUGGCCUGCCACCAGCGCUCUGUGCCGAUUAUCCCUGGAGGACGUCGUCUCCCGCUUUGAGUUCUAAUCAGAUAAAGUGGCUGUAUUUACCAGACUACGCUAUGAGUCCAGAUGCCACCUUCAUCUUCUAUGACUUCCUGCUGUUGUUGGUAGCAUCUCUACAGUUGCAGGUCUUUGAGGAUGAAAAUCAGGCUCGUGUGAGACUCCUGGCAGGAGAGAACGUGGAGAUCAGCCGAAGUCUGGAUCCACAAACCCUCAACCAGUACUCUCCAGUCCAAAAUUUUCUGCAUUGCCGAUCCUAUCUGGAUAUGGUGAAGGUGUUUCUAUUCAGUCAUUUCUUCUGGCUGGUGUUAUGUCUCAUAUUCAUCACUGGCACAACCAGGAUUAACAUCUUUUGUCUGGGUUAUUUGAUGGCCUGUUUCUACUUCAUGUUGUUUGGAGGCACAUUACUGCUGCAGCCGGUGCGAUACGUGCUCAGACUGUGGGACUGUCUGAUAGCGUACACCUGUUUGGUCAUCAGCUUCAAGAACUUGCUCUCGCUGGGUUCUUGUGCGUAUCUGGAUGGAUUACAGAUUCAUGGUUGUUGGCUCAUUCAGGCCUUCAGUAUGUUCUGCACCAUCAAGGGCUACACUUUACCUGAAGCAGACGAUAAGUGUGAACUACCAGAGGGUGAAGCAGGAAUUAUCUGGGAUGCCAUUUGUUUUACUGUGUUGCUGAUUCAGAGGAGAGUCUUUCUCAGCUAUUACUUUCUCUAUGUUGUGUCUGACCUUCAGACCUCGAAGAUUCUUGCUUCCAGAGGAGCAGAGCUGUUUGAAGCCAAAGUAAAGAAACGAGUGGCAGCCAGGUUAGAGAUGGAGAAAAAGUCUGUAGAGAUACUAAAGAAACAAAUGGAAAAAAUCAAGUCUAAACAGAAGAAUUCAUUUGACGAGUCUUCACAUCAGCCAAAGCAAAACGAUGAGGACUGUGGCUAUCAUCUGUUCCAAUCUGAUAGUGAGGAGGAUGAGGAGGACACGCAGGACCAAACACAUGAGGACAUUACACCAAAAAAGAAAACUGCUUUUCAGUUGGCCUAUGAAGCCUGGGUGGCCGGAUCCAAAGCAGCCCUCAGAGAUCAUCAGCGUCAAGAGCAAAAACAAGAGACGCAACGUGAUGUCAAAAGAAAAUUACACAGACAGAAGGGCUGUGAGAAAGAGGAUUCUGAUGAGGAGGAGGUCAGUCAGGAGGAAGAACAGGAGGCACUCAGUCUUCAAGAUGAGGAAGAAAGAGACCACAUAUUGAAGCGGAUACUUGAUACUUUGAAGUUUCUAUGGGUUUUCCUGCUUUCUCUGGUGGAGGAUAUCAUAUCAGGACUGAAGUCACUGUGUAAAGACAGUCUGGACAUCUCGAAUGUUCUUCACUUUGAGAAAGCUCUACUGAGCAAACAACAGAAGAAGGGUAAGAAUGUGACCCAUGACAGUAUUCAUCAAUUCUACAAAAACUGGCUGUCCAGACAAAACACAGAAGACAUGUCCAGAGAGGAGUUACCGGAAACGACGUCCUCAUCGCCUGUGGCUAUAAGCAGAUCUCCAUGCACCUACGCCAAACUCAACAGCGUCUAUUCAUUUGCCAGCAGUAUUUCCAGCUGUCAGACCGAUGAGACUCCUCUAAUAACCCAUGAAUCACCUGUAGAUGAUGUGAACGCCACAGAUUCAGUCCAGCUCUACCCAAACCUUCACAUAUCUGAAGAUCUACAUCAGACUCUUGAGAACAGUGAUGUCAUAGAUCCUGACGGCACCGAAGAGCAGACGGAUGAUGACAGGACGGAAUGGAAAAGUGAAGAAGAUCAUCUUCAUGAGGAGUCUCGAGCGCUCAGUCAGGAGACCAGAGAACUUACUGCCAGUGAACUGCUGCUUAACAAGAUAUUUGAUAUUCCAGAGAUCGAGGCGUCGGAGGGUUUUUACGCUUCUUUGCCGUGCAGCGUGCGUCUCAUCUUUGCUCUUUACCACACAAUGGAGUCUCAGUCAGAGAUGUUCUGUUAUUUUGUCAUCAUCAUAAAUCACAUGGUGUCUGCCUCUCUGCUGUCAAUCUUUCUGCCCGUCCUCAUCUUUCUGUGGGCGAUGCUGUCGGUGCCCCGACCAACCAAACGCUUCUGGAUGACCGCUAUCAUCUACACUCAGCUCACAGUUGUAGUGAAGUAUUUUUUUCAGUUUGGCUUUUUUCCGUGGACUACAUCAGCGUAUCGUGGGAUAAAUGUGGAGCGAGCGUUUGCAUUGCCCAAUAUCGUUGGGAUUGAGAAGAAAGAUGGAUACGUUCUGCUGGAUCUCAUCCAGCUCAUCGCUCUGUUCUUUCAUCGCUCCAUCCUGAAGUGUCACGGCCUUUGGGACAACAAAGAGGUGGAGAUGCCAGACUUCUUUAAGAAGCUGAAGAAGAAAACCGAAAAGAACAAGAUGACCGGAGCAUCGAGACGACAAGAAGAAAGAACGAGAAAACUGCCUUUCCUUCCUCUGCAGACCUCAUACACAUCUUUCUUUCAGAAGCAGAAAGGAGACAGCGUUGAGAGAAGCGAUGGGAAACAACACAAGAAACGAAGUUCAAAGAAAAAGCAGCCGGUGAAAGUGACGCUAAGCAGAAAGGAUCGAAUGAAACAAUACAUGAACAACCGAAUGUUGGAGGCCAAAGCUGCAAUCAUAGAGCUUGCUUUACACGUAUACUUACCCAUAAGACAAUUCUUCUAUGACAUUAUCCACCCUGAGUACAGUCCCGUGUGUGAUGUGUAUGCGCUGAUGUUUCUGGUAGACGUGGUGAACUUCAUCAUCAUUAUAUUUGGAUACUGGGCGUUUGGAAAGCACAGUGCAGCGGCUGAUAUAACGGAGUCAUUGUCUGAGGAUCAGGUUCCUGAAGCGUUCCUCGUCAUGUUACUGAUUCAGUUCAGCACCAUGAUCGUGGACCGAGCUCUCUAUCUGAGGAAAACUCUUCUUGGAAAGUGCGUUUUCCAGGUGGUGCUGGUUUUUGGGAUCCACUUCUGGAUGUUCUUUAUACUGCCCGGUGUCACAGAAAGGAGAUUCAGCAGGAAUCGAGUUGCUCAGCUGUGGUACUUUGUAAAGUGCAUCUAUUUUGGUCUCUCAGCGUAUCAGAUCAAAUGUGGCUACCCAAACCGCGUUCUUGGCAACUUUCUUACCAAGAACUACAAUUACUUCAACCUCUUCCUGUUUCAGGGUUUCCGGAUUGUUCCCUUCCUGACUGAGUUGCGGGCCGUGAUGGACUGGGUGUGGACAGACACGACUCUCAGCUUGUCUAACUGGAUCUGUGUGGAGGAUAUUUAUGCCAAUAUCUUUAUCCUGAAGUGCUGGAGGGAAGCAGAAAAGAAAUAUCCGCACAAACCCGGACAGAAAAAGAAAAUGCUGGUGAAAUACACCAUGGGUGGCUUCAUCAUUUUUGCUCUUAUCUGCAUCGUCUGGUUCCCUCUUCUCUUCAUGUCAUUGGUCAAAUCUGUUGCAGGAGUAACCAAUCAACCGUUAGACGUGUCUAUUCAGCUGAGCAUAUUAGGAUAUGAGCCGUUAUUCACCAUGAGUGCGCAGGAACAGAAUUUGAUCCCAUACUCUGAAUCAGCACUCCAGAAGAUGACCAGUCACUUCGCAACACAUCCGUCAGCAAUGCAGUUUAUUAUCAAUUAUAUGCCAGAGGACAUUGUGACGGCAAAGAUCAAAUCUGAUGCCAGUUUGCUAUGGAGCAUCAGUCCAGCCAGCAGAGAAGCCAUGAUCCAUGAGCUCAGCAUCUCCACACACAUCUACAUCACACUGCGCUGGACUUUACUACGGAACGCCUCUUUGGUGAUGAAUGUAGAGGCUUCUGGUGAACGCACUGUCAAGUAUGAAGACAGAGCUCUGAAAGAUGAACUGGUGUCCAUGCUCAGAGGAACACAGAGUCGUCCAGUGAUGCUGGAAAAUCUGCUGCCUAAAUACAUCAGAGGAUCUUCAGGACCUAACGCUAAAGUGGCACGUCGACUUCAAGUGGAACAUUCCAGGCGUCCUGAUGACCUUCAUCUUCAGUUUUUCCGUCCUCUGUCCAUCAAACUGCAGCGGGCCAAUAGCAGUUCUUUAGAGAUGAGUCCACAGUGGUGGGUGGUGGAGGAGUGUUUCCCCGCUCUGUCGACUAGCAGAUGUCAAAAUAUUGAGAUGGUGGUUUUUAAUGAUAAAGUCAGCCCGUCCAGUGUGGGCUUCCUGGCCGGAUACGGAAUCGUGGGUCUGUACAUGUCUGUAGUUUUGGUUGUCGGUAAGUUUGUACGCGAGUUCUUCACAGGAAUAUCUCGAUCCAUCAUGUACGAAGAGCUGCCGUGCGUGGACCGCGUGCUCAAACUGUGCAACGAUAUUUUCAUUGUGCGAGAGACAGGAGAGAUGGAGAUGGAGGAGCAGAUGUUUGAGAAGCUCAUCUUCUUGUAUCGCUCACCAGAGACCAUGAUCAAAAUGACACGUCAGAAAAAACAAUAACUUUUGCACACUUCAGAUGUAUUUUACUAUUGUGUGAAUACGGACGAUGACAAAUGAAAGGAAAAUCAAAACAGGAUGAAUGCAGAUGUUCUCCCACAAAUGAACCCAGAUCCUGAUUUUCUAUGAUGACAAGAGGAUCUCGGAGCAUUUGGGCACAAAGACAUGGUAACCUCUUCACAAGGCAUGUAUUAAGUUGUUUUUAUGUUAAAACUCUGUUUGCUGUUUUCCAUUUAAGCUAUUAACAUGAAGUAUAUUUGCAGUGAUUUGAGUAAUGGGCAUACCUGUAGCUUAACUGGUAGAGCAUCCACGGAUACUGAUGAAAUGUAUAGCAUGAAUGCAUUGUAUGUUACUUCAGAUGAAAUACAUACAUUAAUAGAAUAUUAAACAAUGGCAUGUGAAAAGGAGGUUAAGAUUUAAUUAUUGUAUUUUAGUUUCACAAAAAAUUAAAUUUUGUCAAUGUUUAAACACCCUCAUGUCAUUUCAAAUCCAUAAAACUUUAAUUCAACACAAAAGGUGAAUAUUUGAAGAAUAUUGUAGAUACCAUUUUCUUUAUAAUGACAGUAAAUAAAAGCUGUAAAAUUGA